CUGAGGCAGCCUCCAGUGAAGCGUCUCCGACUACGCGGCGAUUGGUCCGACACUGGACCCAGAGCUCGCCCCGAGAGCGAGAGGGAGAGAGACGGAGAACAGAGUCCAAACGUGUCUCUGAUGCAGAGGAUGUCGGACAUGUUGUCUCGCUGGUUUGAGGAGGCCAGCGAGGCUCAGAGCAGCAGAGGAACACGACCACAGGCGCGACCCAGAGGAACUGCCAUCCGCCCAGAGGUUGUGUCAAAUCCACCGGCUGCUCCUGCAGGAGCCUCCAGUCAGGAGUCCAGCGCCCCCGAGAGGCCUGUAGGGACAGACACUCCAGAGGAACCUGCGGCUGCCACCUCCACAGCUGCUGCCACAGCUACUGCCACCGCUGCCACCGCCACCGCUGCCCCCGCGAUGCCCAAGUCCACUUCCUCCUCCUCAGGGUCGUCGUCGUCAACAGUCACAGCACCUCCUCCCUCCACCUCGUCAUCAGUGGAGACUUCCGCUCCGUCCUCCUCGUCCCUCACCUCCUCCCCGGACUCGGAGCAGAGGAGUCGGACGGACGCGAGUAGGACUCACGCGCCUCCAACGUCCGUGUCUGCGUCCACCUCAGAACCUGCACUCUCAGAGUACGGUCCUCACCGGCUUCCCAUAAGUUUAGUGUGUAGGCGUUUGCAGAGGUUACUUCGGCUGGCCGACCCUCCAGGACAGGGUCCGCGAGCAGCCGCUGCUUCUUCUUCUUCUUCUUCCUCCUCCUUCUCUUCAUCCUCCUCAUCCUCUGCAGCCCCUACGAGACAGUCGCAAAGAGACACUGCUGCCGCUGCGGAGACGCCCCCUCGUACAGGAGGAGCAGAAACCGCAGGUUCACUCCCCGCUCCUGCACCAGCUCCUGCACCAGCUCCUGCACCAACUUCCUCCUCCUCCUCCUCCUCCUUCAGCGGCACCAGUCGACCCAGUACCGCAGAGCCGGUCCUCAGCCUCCACUACAGCUCGGAGGGAACCACCACCAGCACCAUCAAGCUGGACUUCACCGAUGAGUGGAGCAGCACGUCGGGCCCGAUGAGCGGCGCAGCUCACAAAUCCUCCGAGGCAGCGGCCGUUCAGAGCAGAGAGAGUCUGCCGACGGAGAGCCAGGGUCCCUCAGAGGCUCAGAAGCAGCCGGGUUUGUCGACCGCUUCGACAGAACCCACAUGCUCCGCCUCCAGCUCGGCGGCUCCAGCAGCAGCGGCGGCGGCAGAGAGCUCAUCCCAGGGGGACGGCGCGUCCUCGCUGCCGCAGAGGAGCCAGCCGGAGGGUGCAGAGGACACGUCGGGAGGCUGCAGGAGGACGGAGCCUGCCGUGCCCUCAGUGUGGGAGGGUCAGAGUCAGCCCGCACGAGCCAACCAGGACUCAGACGACAGCGACGACGACCCCAUCCUCAUCCCGUCGGCAAGGCUGCGAGGACAGGGACAGAGAUUUAACACCAGAGGAUCUGCAGUAGGAGAUAGGAUGAUCAGACGCUCGGCAGCCGCUCGUAUCCAGGAGCUGUUUCGCAGGAGGAAAGAGAGGAGGGAGAUGGAGGAGAGCGAGACCCAGAAUAUCAGGAGACCCUCGGUCAAGAUGGUCUACAAGGGCCACCGUAACUCCAGGACGAUGAUAAAGGAGUCGUGUUUCUGGGGCAACAACUUUGUGAUGAGUGGCUCGGACUGCGGCCACAUCUUCAUCUGGGACAGACACACAGCGGAGCACCUCAUGCUGCUGGAGGCCGACAACCACGUGGUCAACUGUCUGCAGCCGCACCCCUACGACCCCAUUCUGGCUUCUUCAGGAAUCGACUACGAUAUCAAGAUUUGGUCGCCGCUGGAGGAGUCGCCGUCUUUCAACAGAGUCCUGGCUAAUGAGGUAAUAACUCGAAAUGAGCUGAUGCUCGAAGAAACAAGAAACACAAUCACGGUCCCGGCCUCCUUCAUGCUGCGAAUGUUGGCCUCGCUCAACCACAUCAGAUCAGAUCGACUGGAGGGCGAUCGCUCUGAAGGCUCAGGGCAGGAGAACGAGGACGAACACUAGCCUGACGGGAUUUUAAUUUUCAAGAAAACACUGUUUCUUUUUCUGGCUGGAAAAGCACUCAGAGGAGGGGACACACACACACACACACACAAACAAACAAACACAGAGAGAGACAGAGUGCAAGACAUUUGUACAAGUGGAGUGUAGAAUAUUUUCUUUUGGAAUAUUAGUAUCAUUUCUAUCCCCCCCUUGUGUUUUUUUUUUAAAAAAAGGAUGUAUUUCUUACUGAUGUUUCUGUACGAGGAUUAAAAAGUACACCUGUGUGAAUGCAAAGGGCAGAGACGUCAGUGUAUACAGUAAAUAUAUAUAUAUAUUAAUAUGUGUGGUGAGAGUGAGCGAGCGUCAUGGCGGUGUGAGGAGUGCGAGUAUGUCAAGUGCAAUAUUAUUUUGUUGGGAGACAGUGAGCUUUGAUCAGUGUUAACGUGUGACAUGAUGGAUUUCUUUUUUUUGUAGCACAAAGUUAAGAAGACGUGUUGACGCAUGUGAACAAGGAGUUUUCAGUAAAAACAAAAACAAACAAAAACA